CGCUGUAUUUAUGUGCUGUACAUAUAGCGUGUAUAAAUUACCAAGUCUAUACUGGUCUUUGAAGUUGCGCGAACAUAAAACUGUCAUAGAGAAGGCCACCUACAACUCAAUAGGAGAUUUUGCGAAUAGAGUGUAUCAGGGCAUUGAUAGUGAUUCCGCAACUAGUUUAGAACAAAAGCAAAGCGUUGAUGAAAGGUAUAGAACGGCAUCAAGGACAGACAUUUCAACCUCCUCAUACAACACAUCUUCACCUAGCUUUCAGAAAGGCCGGGAAAUGGACGGCGAACUUGUCACAAAUUUACGUUUAAGUUCAAGUGGGAACAAAAGUAAUUCUGAGUCCGUUAAACUUGAUUUUCCAAAACAACAGAAUGUUACAUCUAGUAAGAAUUCAAACGACAUCAAGGCGGAUAACAGGAAAGUGAUGGAUAAUAUAUACGAUGAGGAAUUAGAGAAUUUACUAAAAGAAAUCGAUGAAGGUGUUGCUGCUGAUAUCAAAUAUAACACAGUUAAAGAGGAUAAUGCAGAUGGUGAAUUUAUUUUUGAAAAUGAGGAUAUCGAAUUUGAUUUAAAUGACAUAAAUGAGUAUCAGAGAACUUCCGAAAAUUUAUUUAAUACAUUUCCUAAUCAUCAAAACGCAACAAAAUAUUUGAUAUACUUUUGUGAAGGAAAGUGUGGGGGUCUAGCGGACAGACUUAAAGGUAUUGCCAUGGUGUAUAUGAUGUCAAUUCUUGCCGAGAGACGAUUUGCUAUCUCUAUGGAAACGCCAUGUCAAAUAGAAAAUUUUCUUCAGCCUAAUAUUUUAGACUGGCGAUUUCCUGCAAACAAAGAAAUGACUGGUAAAACUCUAGAUUAUAUGGAACAUUAUCAUGAAUACACAAUAGACUUCCAGAAGUUGGAUCCUGAUCCAAUCAGUUUGCUAAAAGAUGACGUAGUGCUAAUGAAAGCUAAUCAAGAUUGGACGAGAAUUUUCAGAAAAAUGAGCGUGUCACCAAAACGAUUUCCUCAGCUAUACCAGUACCAUUCUAGUGAGCUCUUAAGGACGAUUUAUACCGGUUUGUUUAAACCUUCAAACGAAUUGAAACACUUAAUUGAUGAAUUUUUCGAAAAGAAUGUGAAUGGCAAGAAAAUAGCGUGUCUGCAUGCUCGAAUGGGUGAAGAGGCUUAUAAACGGUAUACGUAUCAAGAAAUUAUGAUUCCUCUUCUCUUUAUGAAGAGGUUUGAUAACAUGGAUGAUUACAAAAUCAUGGUCGCCACCGAUACUGAUAAAGUAAAGAAAAUAGCUCGACAUUUGUUCAAAAAUGUUAUUGAUACAAGUGGUCCAAUUCUCCAUAUUGAUCAUAUGGGUAAUGGUACUAUGCCUCAAGAUCUGAAAUGUGCAGGUUUUAUGAGAACCAUGGUUGAUCAUAUGGUCUUACAAAGAUGUGAUAAGUUGGUAAUUACCGGAAGUGGCUUUGGAGUAACAGCAGCUUCUAUACGUCACACAUCAAGCGGUUUACAUGUAUAUGUAAGAGGUAACUCAGUUAUGCCAACACGAAGAGAACUGGUCCGAGAAACAUUCCAGUGGAGGUGCUUAUCGUAUGAUGGGGAUAGAAACUUUUACAAUGCUAUUUGUGAUACCUAAAUCGUUACGUUUUCUUUUAAAUUAUAUUGCCCUCUUUUAUUGUUGUUGCUGUUUCUUGUUACUCAACUGAGCAUGAAGAAUAUAAGCUAGAUUUGAGCACAUGUAGUAGGUCUAAAGUACCGUGUGAUAUAGCAGAAAUUUAUGCGAUAUCUCGUAUACGACCUA